CCGAGUAUUACAACAAGCGCUCAAAAUCAAAAUAAAGAAGUCAUUUGUGAAGCGAAGGUUUUUGGAGACGGUUUGGAGCACGAAAAUUUGUUGUUGUGAGACCGAGUGUUUGUGUUGUGAAGAGACUAGAAAACAGUUAAAAUGGAAGUUGAUAUGAGAGAAGCGCAAAGCUUUGUUUUGUCGCCACCAUCCACACCACCCCUAAAAAAUGUAUCAGUAGACGACGAAUCCACCAAUCAAACAAUUUUCCAGCUACGACAAUUUCUGGGUCAAAAGCGUCCGGCUUGCACGGCAUUUCCUCCCACCCCCCAACCCUCCGAUUCUGAAAGUGAAGAACACGACUUCCCUCUUAAAAAGCGCCAUAUACGUUACGAAACUGAGUAUGCUCGGUUUCUCAGUCCACCCUCACCGAUCACGACCCCUCCACCGGAGAUACCCCAGAUAGUAGUCAGCGCCCCCGAAGAGGAGUCUGUCAGAACUGUCUCAGUUAUCAUGAGAGCUAACAGUGAUGGAUCCUGUGUACCUGUACCGCUACCAAAAUGUCCUGUAGAAGAAAACAUCGUAAAAAGUAUCAAGUUUAAGCUGGGAAAUAAAAAGGAGAAAGUUACAAGCAAAGUAGAAACCACUCCGAAGGUUCAAUCAUUGCCAGUAUUGGCCCCUAAGGUCCUCCCCGUUCCAGCUCAACCCCAAACGUUUAUUUUAUCUCAUGGUGCCAUGGUACCCACCCAAAUAGUCCUUCUUGCCCCACCCCAACAGGUGCCGCAAAGAAGAAGGAUCUAUGAAUGUCAGUACAAGGGUUGCGGCAAAAACUAUUUUAAAUCCUCACAUUUGAAAGCUCACAAUAGAACCCACACCGGAGAAAAACCGUUUGUAUGCCAAUGGAGCGAUUGCGGCAGAAGAUUCUCUCGAUCUGAUGAACUUUCUAGGCAUAAAAGGACCCACACUGGGGAGAAAAAGUUCCAGUGUGAGGUUUGUAAAAGGAGGUUCAUGCGGUCCGACCAUUUGGCCAAGCAUGUCAAGAGACACGCGAAAGAAAGAAUAGGUUCAAGUAAAGUCAGUGUCAGCGCUCCGAUUUUGAGGAAGCUUCAACCUGCUCCGGGUGUUUGAAGAAUAAACCAUGAAGCCCUAUAGAUGGGGUUGUUGAACGAAAUUUGGAACUGAUUUGAAAUGGCAAGUUUGGGUUGGUCUCUUGAGGAGUAUGCUGAGGGAAACUGAGUUUAUAUUAUGCUAUAGAUUUAGAUAAUACACCAUAGUGCAAGAACUGUUAUUUUUUAAUGUUUAUGUAUAUCAGUCAAAUUUCGCGCUCAAUUUUGCAAGGUACCACUUAUAUUGCACCAUGGUGUAUCACCCCUUGACUGAUUUAUUUUAGCAUUUUUAUUUUUGUAUUUAAUGUUUAUACGUUUUUUUGGGCACACAUUCCGUUUGUGCGUAAGAAGUUGUAUAUAUAUUUUUAUAUUUUGUUUUGUUUUCUUUUUUAAGUUUGUAUUGGAUAAUGUUAUUGAUCUGUGAUUUCUCAUAUUAUUUAUUGUACUUUGUACUACUUUUUGUAUAUAAAAAAUAACGAAAAAGUAGAUAAAAUUAUAUUAAUUUUAUAUUAUUAAAA